AUGGCACGCAAAAUCAUUGAAAAUGAAAAUGAGAAGUCACUUGCUAUUAAAAAGAUCCAUGUACCAGCUGAUCAUUCUGAUUUAAGUGCAUCAUAUAACAAUAUUUGUGGUGGUCAUUACUAUAUCGAUCUUUAUGAUCUUGCAUUGAGCUAUUAUGAUCAAUCAGUUAAAAUCAAAUUGAAAACACUUCCUGCUGAACAUCCUUCUACUGAAGAUACCUACAAGAACAUAGGUCUUGUAUGUCAAGAUAAAGGUGAAUUAGAAGAAGUAUUGAAAUUAUAUAAGAAGUCACUGAUAAUCUAUGACAUGGCAUUGCUAGUAAAUCGUCCAGAAACAUUGUAUAUCACAAAUAAUAUUCAAGUUGUAGAAGAUAAAAUGCGGAGAAAUAAAUAA